AUGGACAGUAGUGCGGAUCGAAAGAAGGCGAGCGCUCGUGAGGUCAGCCGAUACGAGAUCACAGCGCGCAUUCCCCGCCCCUGGAAAGGUUAUCGAGAGAAAGUAGCGAACGGCACGACUCGCGCGCAUCUCUUUGUGCGCCCACCGAUUCAGUCGUCCACUAACGAACGAGUGACCGCGGGUUUCGGGGGCAAAUUCGCGUCAGUCCGCAAACUCAGACACUUGGUGUCUGGUGAGGAGUACGCAGCCAAAUUCAUCCGCAAGCGCCGGCGCGCGGCGGACACCACACGGGAGAUACUCCAUGAGGUGGCAGUACUCGCACUUUGCCACGAUUGCACACGUGUCGUCCGUUUGCAUGAGGUAUAUGAUACACGUUCAGAAGUUGCCAUCGUACUAGAGCUAUGCGCGGGUGGCGAGUUACAGCGUCUUCUGGACGAUGAUGAACGACUAACGGAGGGUGCGGCCCGACGUGCCUUACGCCACGUCCUAGAGGGUCUGGCGCACCUACACUCACGCCGUAUCGCACAUCUAGACCUAAAACCACAGAAUUUGCUGCUGUCUGCUAGCGGCGAAGAGCUUCUAAUAUGCGAUUUUGGAAUUAGCCGCGCCAUACAGCCAGGAGCACAUGUCAGAGAAAUAUUGGGCACGAGAGAUUAUGUUGCUCCUGAAAUCCUAUCAUACGAGCCAUUGUCCUUGGCGGCGGAUAUUUGGUCGGUGGGUGUACUUGCCUACGUGCUGCUGACCGGUUGCUCGCCGUUCGCAGGCGACACCAAACAGGAGACAUACCUCAACAUCGCGCAGUGCCAGCUCACGUUCCCGCGGUGUUUGUUCCGCGGGGUGUCGCAGCGAGCCGUGCAGUUCAUAAAGGAGACCCUUGUUGUGGAUCCUAAGGGUCGUCUCACAGUGGAAGAGUGCCUGGAGCACCCCUGGUUGAAAGACGAGUCAGAUAUACCCGCAGUUAUUAUGGGGGUGGGAUUUGACGCCGCCGAUGUCGGUAGCGACGAAGAUGAAGAUGCGGACUCAGAUGACACCGGUGCCGAUGUCAACGGGACGAACGGGGUCAAUGGUGUCGCAACAGUCAACGGUGUCAACGGCCAUAAAGAUGUGAACGGCUGCAAUGGUACCAAUGGGACCCGAGAUGAUGAUAAAGAGUCAGAGUCCCGUGCGACGGACGCAGCGCCGGAGGCGGACGAGCGCGAUAAGCCGCUUAAGCAUGCGCACACCCGCGAUCACUCGCCGCCCUUCCCGGAUGCGCCCUCCACGCCCAAGCUAGCGGUGAUCGCGGCGUUCUCCCCCUCGCUCCGUAUCGUGGAGGCUGACCGCUCGGACGUACGGUUGCAGGUGUCGCGCAAGUGCCACCCGCACCCGCCCUCGGUGCUGGCGCUCUGCAAGAAGUUCCAGCCGGACUACGAGAAGCCGGCCAAGCUGCCGCACGCGCACCACGCCGGCGACUGCGGCUGCGGCUGCGACUGCGCGCUCGACUGCGGACGCCUGCGGGCGCGCGCUCCGCCCCCCGACCGCGCCGUGCUCUGCUAGCGGUACCUGUGCUGCCUCGGCCUCCGCUGACGGCCCCGCACCUGUACAUACCUAGUUAAGUUAGGCUUACAAUUGUAUAUUAUAAAACGGUAGGGGCCCGAUUACGCGAACUCGCUGCUUUUUUAUUGGUCGAGUGGGCUCGGUACAAGAGGAAAGUCAACAAUGAACUUACUUCAGAAAAAAAAAUUAUAUAGUUUUUACAUAAAUAUUUUAUAAUUGCUCAGUGAAAGCUCAAAGGUAAUUGGUAAAGUCAAAUUAUUUUUGUAAAUAAUGUCU